GCCAUUUAUUGGGAACAGCAGUCAUUAUCAGUAAAGAUUGUCAGUGGUUAACACAUCUGCCUCACAUGCAAAAGUUCCUCGGGAGGUGCGACACCCCCAGCCUCAGCUAGAUGGAAGUGUUGCAUCCAUCAUAUAAUCUGUCACAAAUCAAAGACACUGAUCUAUCAAUCUGACAACUCAAAGUAUUUAUAUCAACAAACAGUUUUGAUUUAAGAUACUUCAUAACAAUCUGUUUUUUUUUUUUUUGUGUAUGACAAUCAUCACUGUGUAGUACUUUUUAAUUGUUAGCUAAUAUCUAUCUACAAUAGCAAUGCUUUCACUGUCUUGAAAGCAUUGCUGAACCUGUGGAAAUAUGCUAAAAUGAAUUGUUGGGAAGGCUGGGGCUGCAUACUGACACUUCCUCAGAGGAUAAAUACAGCAGUCGAUGACCUUCAAAGCUGGCUGCAUGUUACAGAUAAACAAUUGGGCCCAAAAACAUGUUCUGUGGAUUUGCCUAUAAGCAGCUGACAAAUAACUAAGCCACUAUAAGCACUCCCAGAGAAGCAGGAGUUGGUGGUCUUGUAGCAAAUAAAUGAUUUAAACUUCCUUUGAUGUACAUAAUUUUGAAUUUAUAUCAAAACAGAAAACAUUAAAUAUCUGUUUAUAUCAAUGUUAAUGUGUUUAAUUAUGCACUCUGAGGUGGAUUUGUGUGUGUAAAACGUAGGCUCCAUAAUUGAUCCCAGUAGUUGUUAAUGGGGCGCUUAUAAUUGUAAAACCGUACCGAUUAUAAUGCUUCAUGUAAGCCAAGAUGGGCAUGAAAAGUUAAAGUGGAGAAACUGGUAAAUUUAAUGUCAAGAUUUUAAUUUGCAACUACAGUUUUGGUGGAGAAUUUGUCAUUUCUAGCAAAAAAGUUUAUCAAACGGGAGACUGUACACUGGGGCUCAGGGUAGUAUAAAACUAUUAUUUACCAUCAUUUAAAUUAGCAACAGCUAUGUUUGUAAGUUGAUCCUUAGUCUGUAUAUCAUUUAUUUUAAAAAAGCCAAACUUAAGAGUUGCAGAUGCACACUGUAGCUUGUUUGUCAUAGGAGGGAUUGAUGAUAGAUGGUUUUUUCUUCCAGGUCUGAAAAGUAAAAGUGCUCAAAUGGCUUAAAUUUGCAUUCCCAGUAAUGGCCGGGGGGGGGGGGCAACUUGAACAGUAUCAAAAGGAGGUUGUAUAUAAUUAUUUAUAUAGAAUGUAUUUGGCUCCCUUUGUCUAUAACCUUAGAAACACUGUCUUAAUGAGUUUAUGAUCUCAUUUUAUUGGUGGGUUUGGACCCUUUUUGGGGUCUAUGGUGCAGAUUCAAACACACUUCACCAGAAACAUUAACAAAGAAGAGAGGACUCUGUUCUGAUAACAUAGGGUUAUUGACAUAAAAAAGUGUUGGUGAUGUAUACUUGUUUGUUUUGGGUUUUUUUUGUUGUUGUUGGGUUUUUUUGCCCUUUAAAAAAAACUGUCCUGUCCAGUAGUUUUAGCAUGUAGAAUCAUGGUCUGAAUGCUUCGUUGUCCCAAACACAUUUGCUUUCCCAAGCCGACCCCUGACAGAGCAAUAGAAAAAGAAAAAGGGACAUGAGGAAAGAGAAAGAGUAAAUGUGUUUUCUAAAUAGUGAAAGUUUAGUUGAACUUUAGCCGCUGUGCAGUGUAACGUAGAUUUGAGUGACCAGUGGAAAUGAAGCUUACAGUUAUGCUAAGUUCAGUCACACAAUAAACGAAAUCAUGGAAGAAAAGUUGAUUCUGGUCAUAUCAAGCUCAAAACUAUUCAAGUAAAGUACAGAUACCUGCUACUUGAGUACAGUAACGAAGUACAAAUACUUCAUUACUUCUCACCUCUAUAAACAAUACACUGUCAGUGCAGAGAAUGGAAAUCAGCCAGGCAACAGGAAAAAGAGAUGUAUAUAUUUUCAAAUUCAGAACAUUUAUUAGAAUUAAAAUUUAGACUAAAAUAAAGUUUGUACUCCCAUUUACUAAUAUUAUUGUAUUAUUACAUUAAUAUGGCACAGUUCAGUUAGCUUUGCAUAAAAACACCUGGUAAAAAAUGUACUUUGAGUACAUUUCAGACCUUUUCUUUUUUUCUAACUUUUACUUGAGAAAAGAAGCUAAAUCAGUACUUCAGCGUUUACCGGAGUAUUUUUUUAACACUAGUACUUGUACUUCUACUUAAGUACAGGAUACUCUGGCCACCUCUACAGUCUAUCCAUCCAUCUCAUGUAGUUCGCUCUUGGUUCACCUUCCACUUUAAUCCGUGAUGCAGACUACUUGGAAGGUGCACACUCAGGUGAGAACACCUAAUGUAUAAACUGUCGGUAAACCCGGCUUGACUUCAUCAGCCUGCACCUUAGGGACACGGGCUCUGUCACAAACCAUUUUAGUCUCUCGCUUUGUGCGCUAGGACCGCCGCUGAUGCGAUUAACGGCACAGACGGGCGGCGAGCCGAGACCCAGCACGUUGCAGAGGGCCGUGCAUGCCCACCUGACAAGCACGACAGCCUGGGGAUAUAACCGCAGGGAUAUUCGGCUCACAUGGGGCGAGGGGCGGAACCAGAGGAUGUGACGUCCAGCUCGGAGAGGAGAUUGUACCAUAUCCCGUAAACGCUGCUCGUUAACGUUGAUGUUUGGUGGGGAUUACUGCAAGCAGCGGGAUGGCCGAAUGAGCGCAUACAGUGGGCUAAGGUGAACGGAAAGCGGAGCAGCAGCAUUUAAGAGUCACGACACGGGGCCAAAGCACGCCUACAAUGGAUAUAACCUUUGUAUUAUUUGCUAUUAUUUCUACGCUUCUCGCCAUUGUGGUCGCAACGUCGCUUUUUAACGGCUCUUCGCCUGCAGCAGACUUUGCAAAUGCGCGGAGUUAUUUCGGACACAGAGAUGGUGUGGCCGGAGGAUUAGAUCAAUCCGGGCCGAAGCAGAAUGGCCAUGUACCCGAUAAGAAGAAGAAGAAGAAGGAGGAGGCGGACGACUGGUGUGAAAUCAGCGGGAGCUCACACGAUCACUGGGAUGUAGUGAAAUCUGUGCUUUCUGAGGAAGCACACUCCCACCCUCAAUCCGAAGAACUGGAAACCCCGGCUGAUGGGUCCAGGCCUGGAUCUCGGAAUACAAUCUUAGAGGUAGCGUCAUCAUCCGAUGCUUCAUCAGGGACAGGCCGAAGGUCGCUCAUUGGGCUUUCUGAUACGGAGCUCCUAAAGUGUGCUUUUUCUUACCCCCAAACUGAAGGAGCAUCAGAGAGAGCGGGGAUGAAUGCAGAAAAGGUGGAAUCAAAUGCAAAUAAUUCCUUGAAGUACGUCCCAGGAAAGGCACGAUCCCACCACUUGGAAAAGAUGAUGACCAAAGAGGAGCUGGAGGAGGAGCAGAGGAUACACUUCACCACAAACUUUAACUGUCUGUAAUCCUGAAAAAGGAGCAAACUGGGGUGCAACAUGAGCAACUGGCUGCAAUCUUCCAGCUACUUAAAGAAAACAAGGAGACUUUUGGGGAGGUGUCAGAGGGAGACAUAGAGGAGCAGCUCCAACUCUACUCCAUCUGAGACCCCUGUUGUGUCAUAGAUGCUCACUAUGACCGUUUAUUCUUAAAAACUACUAAAAAACUUCUCCAUUACACCAAAGGAACUUUUUUGCAGUAUUCAACGUGGCUGGACAGUGCUCUCCCAAUUUUCUGAUUUAUUGUGUUUUACUGCUUUGUUUUUGUUGUUCUGACCACCUGUCAUCCACAUGAAGGGAAAACCAAACUAGACUGGAUCAAUUCUCACACUGAGCAGGUUAAUAUAUGAAUGAAUCUUAAAAAAAAUUAAAGGAAUUCUGUUUAUUUUACUUUUAAAAUAUAUUUCAGAUAUAAGUGAUAUAAACCCUGAGUUAUGUUUGUUUCUGAAGUUGGUUGUGUAAUAAAACACAUUGCUGUUAAUACCUGUGUGUGUGGCUUUGUGUGUCUGAAUACAUUUGUUUGCUUAUCUGUCUGCAAACUGUGGUGUAGCCCAGCCCAUUCACAUCAGUGAGAACGUGUCAAAUUUAGAAGGAAGUGCAAACAUACAUGUGUUUAAUUGAACAGCAAGCCUUCACUCGACAGCAAUGGCAUCCCAAAUCUCCAGGAUAUUUUUAUUGCUCCUUGUAAUAACAGUUAGUUUGGUGGUUUUCAUUCUAUCCCAGGAAUCUUUAUUAAAAAGUUGGACAGUUUUCUCUGGAAAGCAUGAACUCAGAUGGGAAAACGUUUUCUUUGAUAUUAACCUCUGGGGACAGGAAGAAAAAACAGCUGUGCCACCUUCUGUGUCUACCACAGCUGUGGCUGAGACUCCAAUGCCUCUCCUCUACAGAGGAAAUUUCACAAAGCUUCCUCAGUGGGAUUUUGAUGAUGUCUAUAACCAGGAUGCCCCACCUAGACCAACAACAUGUGCCCAAUCACUGCGAAACUCUCAGGAUGAGAACUUCAAGAAGGCUUUUCUUCCCAACAUACGUUUGUUUCUGCACAAGGACAACAUUAACAUGAGCGAGUGGAAUCGCCUUUCACAUUUUAACAAUCCUUUUGGGUUUAUGGACUACAAAUAUGAUGAAGUGAUGGCUUCAGUGAAGCUGAUUCCAAAGCCAAAAGAGCCACUGCUCCUCCCAAAACCAGGUGGUGAUGGCUGUGUUCACUGUGCUGUGGUGGGUACGGCAGGAAUUCUGAACGGCUCAAAAGUGGGUGCAGAGAUCGAUGCUCAUGAUUACGUUUUUCGGAUGAACGGUGCCGUUACCAAAGGUUAUGAGGAAGAUGUAGGAAAUAGAACAUCAGUGUAUGUUCAUACAGAGCACUCCAUCACUGCAUCACCUUAUUUUUUUGGGAAGUAUGGAUACAAAUCUGCCCCUCAUGAUGAGGGAAUAAAAUAUGUGCUGAUUCCUGAGGCAAUGAGAGAUUUCCGAUGGCUCGAGGGUCUUUUCAAAGGACACGAGGGCUUUAGUGGCCCACACCACAAGAAAUGGCCAGGGACCUACUAUUCAGGGCAGUACAAUGAGAGCCGAUUCUACGUUCUCCACCAGGACUUCCUCCGAUAUGUGAGGAACAGGUUCCUAAAGUCACCUAAUCUGAAUAAAAGAUUCUGGGCAAUAGUCAGGCCAACCAAUGGAGCAUUCGCUCUCUUCCUGGCUUUGCAUACUUGUGACACAGUGGAUGCAUAUGGAUUCAUGACUGAUGAGUACAUGAAAUACUCCAACUACUAUGUUCAGAAAUACAUUAAAACUAAAGUAAUUUUCUAUUCCAACCAUGACUACAUUUUGGAGAAGAAUACAUGGAAAGACCUUCACAACAGAAAAAUAAUAAAGCUGUAUCAAAGAACGGAGCCAGAAUCAGGGACUGAAAAGCCAAAGUAACACUGAGUCCACCCGCAAGGAUAAAACCUACACCACUGAUGAUAUUCAAGAGCCAUGUCAGCAAGCACAGCAAGAAGGUCCUUUGUUCACAUCCACCACAUAACUGGAGGCUUUCUUUGUGGAGUUUGCAUGUUCUCUCUGUGUCUGUGUGGGUUCUCUCCGGGUAAUUUAGCUUCCAUUGAUUGUCCAUUAAGACAUGCACUUAGUGGGGUUAGGUUAAUUGGUGAUGGUAUAUUGGCCAUAGGUGUGAAUGUGAGUGUCAAUGGUUUCGUGUCUCUCUCUGCAAUAAACUGGUGAGCUAUCCAAGGUCUGCUACGCCUCUUGCCCUGUGACUGCUUACUUGUGUGUCUUGUCUCUGUGUUUUUUUUAACCUUUCUGUGUCCUCAUUUUUGCCCCCACAUCUGUCGUGUCUGUCAUUGUCUUGUCUGUGUCCCAAUUCUGUCAAGUUAAUCUAUUUUAGUCUCAGUGUUAGUCACCUCCUGUUUUGUUUUGUUAGUCUCUAGUUUUAUGUGUGUUAUGUUCGGUUUUGCUUCUUCUUGUCUAGUUACUCAAAUUCUAUUCAGCUGUGUUCCCUGGUGUUUCUCAUCUCCCUAAUUACCUGGUCUGUAUGCAUUGUCCUUUCUUCUUUAUUGUGUUCACCUUUAACCUGUGUGUUCCACUUUGUGGGUUUGCUGUAUGAUACUUCUCAUUUAGAUAAUUUGCACUUGGCUCAUAUUUUCUUAUUUUUAUGAGCUUUCAACAAUAAAGCUGUUUUUCAGUUUUAAGUCCUGUUUUCCGAGUCCUGCU